AUGGAGAAGCAUCCGGCGGACUCGGCAGAUUUCGCUCGUUCCUGCUGGACCUUUCCGCUGGACGCGGGCGUCUCGUCAGCGCGUUCGCGGGGCAACCUUCCGCCGCCGGCUUCGCUGCCUUCGCCUCCGGGAUUCGCCUUCACAGAGUCUGCCGCGAGUGCCGCUCCUGCCGCUGCUUCGCAGAGUCUGCCCGCCACCUCGCGCGUCGACGCAGUCCGGCGCCAGCACCUCCUUGCCAAGAAAGGCUGGGAGAUCGCGAUUUCUCCCGCCAAGAAUUUGGCCAUGAACUUCUUCAUGAUUUACAUGGGCGGUGUGAACUCGAGCGGCAUCUUUGGCAUCCUCAUCCUCUUCUACGUCCUCCACAGCUGCUUCUCCUCCGCUCUCAGCGUCCGACGCGUUUUCGGUGGGAUCGAACAAGAACGAGAGGCGCUCCGUGCGUCUUCCUCCUCUCCCUCACCCUCUUCUUCCUCCUCGGGGGACCGCAGACGCGAGGCUGCGCAAGAGGCGAACUGGAGUCUGGGCGCCGUCUUCUUUCUGCAGAAAACGGUGUAUCUCCUCAUCAGCCUCGGCGGAUGCCUGUACGUCUUGAAUCACUGCGCGAAGGCUGGCCUCUUGCCUCUCAACAGCGGAGACUUCAUCGCGUUGAUUCCAGAGAAACGAUUCUCCGUUGUCGCCGUGGGGGGGCUGUAGGUCAACUGGGGAGGAGGAGCAUGUGUUUCUGAGGACUGGAGAAAACUGUUUUCCAAAGAAGAGCGACAAAAAAGAGGGACGUCUAAACGGCGUCCGCCUGGUUCGCCUGCUGAGUGUCCGGUCCAAAAUUCUUUCUCUGCGUCUUCGUCUUUCACCCUGUUUUCUCGGCUCGCCUAUCUUUCUUUACUCUUCUGCGGCAAAGCGCAAAAGGACAAAAUGUACUUUUUCAAUCGAAUGCGAAACAAUGCUGGGUUUCGUCUCGGAGACACGCCGAGACACUCCAAGGAAGCAAGCCGGGGUAGUACUCUGGCCCUCUCGCGAGGAGGAGGUCAAUGCUGUUUGCUUC